GACAGCUCUUUCAGCGCUCUGGGACGGAGCUCUUGGUUGGCGCGACAGUUUGAUUGGGUGUGCUAUGCUGCAGAUGUCCUUGUUCAUUUUCAGCGUGUGUAGUUUAUGAAGUAUUUAACUCAAUCAUCGGUGUGACCGCUCUAGGUCGUGGUUGUUGUCGUUUGGGACCGCAGCCGGUUAUGGAUCGCAUGGAUUAGUAGCAACUUUGUUGCGACAUACUUUGACAUACAAACCGUCAGACAGUACACCGGCACGCCUGAAGACCACAGCUAAGAUCUCUCGUUCUUCCCUCUAUCGUUCCAGUGCUUUACCCUGCAGCAGACUUUCUAUUUUCCAAAUGCAUUGAAGUUCAUUAAAGCUGGACUAUUAUUGCCCUGCCAGAAGUAUUUGGGUGGACAUUUGAGUGAAAAGGGAGGUUGCUUGCAAGUUGUGCAAGUUAUUUUAACUAUUGAGUUGGUGUGUACUAAUGACAUGUGGCCGAGAAGAUUGUGGACAUUUUAAGGCCUUUGUUUUGUCUAUGAACACCCCCCACAUUCAUACCUUCUGCACUCCUCCACUGGAAGAUAGAGCUCUCUUAGACAUGAGAUUCUCUCUCGGCGUGUUCCUCAUCCCAGGCCAAAUAUACCACCACCAUCCGUGAAGACAGAAGAGACCAAGAGAACAGCAAAGAUAUUUGCAUCUCAUUUUAAGGAUGAACAUUAGCACUUUGCGACCUUUUGCCACAUUUCAGGCUUCAAACAUAAAGAUAUAAAACUGUAUUUUUUUUGUGAAGAAUCAACAACAAGUGGGACACAAUCAUGAAGUGGAACGACAUUUAUUGGAUAUUUCAAACUCUUAACAAAUCAAAAUCUGAAAAAUUGGGCGUGCAAAAUUAUUCAGCCCCCUUAAGUUAAUACUUUGUAGCGCCACCUUUUGCUGCGAUUACAGCUGUAAGUUGCUUGGGGUAUGUCUCUAUCAGUUUUGCACAUCGAGAGACUGACUUUUUUCCAUUCCUCCUUGCAAAACAGCUCGAGCUCAGUGAGGUUGGAUGGAGAGCAUUUGAACAGUAGUUUUCAGUUCUUUCCACAGACUCUCGAUUGGAUUCAGGUCUGGACUUUGACUUGGCCAUUCUAACACCUGGAUAUGUUUAUUUUUGAACCAUUCCAUUGUAGAUUUUGCUUUAUGUUUUGGAUCAUUGUCUUGUUGGAAGACAAAUCUCCGUCCCAGUCUCAGGUCUUUUGCAGACUCCAUCAGGUUUUCUUCCAGAAUGGUCCUGUAUUUGGCUCCAUCCAUCUUCCCAUCAAUUUUAACCAUCUUCCCUGUCCCUGCUGUAGAAAAGCAGGCCCAAACCAUGAUGCUGCCACCACCAUGUUUGACAGUGGGGAUGGUGUGUUCAGGGUGAUGAGCUGUGUUGCUUUUACGCCAAACAUAACGUUUUGCAUUGUUGCCAAAAAGUUCAAUUUUGGCCAGAGCACCUUCUUCCACAUGUUUGGUGUGUCUCCCAGGUGGCUUGUGGCAAACUUUAAACAACACUUUUUAUGGAUAUCUUUAAGAAAUGGCUUUCUUCUUGCCACUCUUCCAUAAAGGCCAGAUUUGUGCAAUAUACGACUGAUUGUUGUCCUAUGGACAGAGUCUCCCACCUCAGCUGUAGAUCUCUGCAGUUCAUCCAGAGUGAUCAUGGGCCUCUUGGCUGCAUCUCUGAUCAGUCUUCUCCUUGUAUGAGCUGAACGUUUAGAGGGAAGGCCAGGUCUUGGUAGAUUUGCAGUGGUCUGAUACUCCUUCCAUUUCAAUAUUAUCGCUUGCACAGUGCUCCUUGGGAUGUUUAAAGCUUGGGAAAUCUUCACAACAGUAUCUCGGACCUGCCUGGUGUGUUCCUUGUUCUUCAUGAUGCUCUCUGCACUUUUAACAGACCUCUGAGACUAUCACAGUGCAGGUGCAUUUAUACGGAGACUUGAUUACACACAGGUGGAUUGUAUUUAUCAUCAUUAGUCAUUUAGGUCAACAUUGGAUCAUUCAGAGAUCCUCACUGAACUUCUGGAGAGAGUUUUCUGCACUAAAAGUAAAGGGGCUGAAUAAUUUUGCACAGCCAAUUUUUCAGUUUUUGAUUUGUUAAAGUUUGAAAUAUCCAAUAAAUGUCGUUCCACUUCAUGAUUGUGUCCCACUUGUUGUUGAUUCUUCACAAAAAAACACAGAUUUAUAUCUUUAUGUUUGAAGCCUGAAAUGUGGCAAAAGGUCGCAAAGUUCAAGGGGGCCGAAUACUUUCGCAAGGCACUGUAUAUACGGUUGGGUGUAUAUUUUCUAAAGGUUUAUGAAUGUCCACACAUCUUGAUUACAUAAGUGGCUGCUCAUGUACAGUGCUUUCUAAUUAUGUAAAGAAUGUGAAUUUAAUUUAAAUAUUGGUUUUAUUAAUUAAAUGGUUUGCCAGUGUAACUGAUGUUUUUCUGUGUAUUUAUUAUUGCUGUGUGCACCCAUGAUAAAGGACGUGGGAGACUCCCAUAGCCUUUCAAGGAGAAGAAAAACAAUUCAAGUAGUCAACAGGAUUGACAAACCUGUCUAGUUCUCCUUGUUUUUCAAACAAAGUGAUGAACAGUUUGUUCUUAAAGUGAGGUCACCUUUGUUUGGAUUUCUGCAGGUGUCCGGGAUAGUGGGCUGGUGUUCUAUUCUCUGUGUCCCAAGGCAGUCACACACUAUUCAAGAGCCACUUCUGUUCCUGAUACCAGAGACUGCUCAGGCACACAGCCUAUUAGGGACAUCUAUGCAUUGGCUGAGUCGAUGGGUGGCCACACCACUAUUAUGGAGUGUUACAUUAUUAUAAAGUCUAAGUUGGGUCUAUGCUAUUUCAACUAGUCUUAUUGCCUUGGGUCCCUGCUGCAAAUUAAAUUUAUUGUAAGACCUACGGUAUCUUGGAAAUCGGUUUGUUCAGUAUUACUGAAGGUUACCAAUGACAUGACGUGUCUUAACUUUUUGACAGAUAUAACUAAAUGAAUGUUUUUAAGGUUCAACAGAACAUUGACUGUUAUGAUCUGUGAAACUGACAAUUUAGUAUAACGUAUUCUGCCUUAGACCGCUGCGCCAUUCAGGUAUGCUAGUAUGGUCAUUGCAAUGUAGCCAUGCUUUACAUAAUGAUUGCGUAAAGGUAUUCUGUCUUGAUUGAAUAGUCACUAGGAUUACUUUCAAGACAGAUGAAUUAACACUCGUGUUUGUCUUUCUUAGAUCCAAGGUGAGUCCAAGUCCUCUGAAGGGAAGAUGGUGAAGUACAGAGGUGUGGUUUGGCACCAUCAACACCAUGGUGAAGUACAGAGAUGUGGUUUGGCACCAUCAACACCAUGGUGAAGUACAGAGAUGUGGUUUGGCACCAUCAACACCAUGGUGAAGUACAGAGGUGUGGUUUGGCACCAUCAACACCAUGGUGAAGUACAGAGGUGUGGUUUGGCACCAUCAACACCAUGGUGAAGUACAGAGGUGUGGUUUGGCACCAUCAACACCAUGGUGAAGUACAGAGGUGUGGUUUGGCACCAUCAACACCAUGGUGAAGUACAGAGGUGUGGUUUGGCACCAUCAACACCAUGGUGAAGACUGAGGGGCCCAGGAGCCUCUACAAUGGCCUGGUGGCGGGUCUCCGGAGACAGAUGAGCUUUGCCUCGUUCCGCAUCGGUCUCUGACUCCAUGAAGUAGUUCUACACCCAGGGAACAGGCAGUACGAAAGACAUUUUCAGUAUAAAAUACCAGUUUAUUGAUCUCUCAAUCACAUUUUUAUUUGAGUUGGUGGAAGUAGAAGAUAAGGAAUGUGGCUGAAAGAAUAUGGCUUGGUGUUUUAUGACUGCAUCUCUCAUCCUCGCUACUCCUCUACUCUCAUAGAUGCAGGCAUUGGGAGUCGGCUGGUGGCACGCUGUACGACCGGGGCCAUGGCAGUAGCCUUUGCUCAGCCAACAGACAUGGUGAAAGUGCAGUUCCAGGCUCAAGUAAGGGGAGCUGAAGGGGAAGGGGUAAAGAGAGAUAGCGGCAUCAUGGACGCCUACAGAACCAUCGCCAGGACUGAGAGCAUCAGAGGACUAUGGAAAGGUUGUGGCCCAAACAUAACUCGUAACGACAUAGUGAACUGUUCGGAGCUGGUGAUUUAUGACAUCAUCAAGGAACUUAUCCUGAAGUAUAACAUCAUGACUGCCUUCAUUUCUGGACUCAUCACCACUAUUGUGGCGUCUCCUGUAGAUGUAGUAAAGACCCGGUUCGCGAACUGUUCAGCUGGAAAAUACAACAGUGCUAUAAACUGCGCUGUUACAAUGAUGAGAAACAAGGGACCCAAAGCCUUCUAUAAAGGGUUCAUGCCUUCUUUCCUUCACAUUGGCUCCUGGAACAUUGUAAUGUUUGUCACAUAUGAGCAAAUCAAGAUGCAUGUGAUGAGAUCUCAGCAGUCCUGGGAGUCUCUUUAUCUUACCUGUAUCAUCCUGACAGACUGCUGUGUGGAUUUCUCCUACUGACUAUGAUGUUCAAAACUAUGACCGCUUGUACAGGCAGAGCACAUCUUCAUUUAAAGGAGGAAGCACACAAGUAUUAGCCUGGUCCCAAAUCUGUUUGUGCUCUUGCCAACUCCAUUGAUGUCCUUGUCAAGCCUUGGCAAUGAUUGACAAGAAGUUGGCAUGAUGGCACAAACAGACUGGCACUCAGGCUACGAGUCUGACUUCUGUACAGGAACAUACACCCCCUGCAGGGAUGUGUGACCCCACGUGUAUCCAUGAUGCCUUGUACCAGAGACUAUGGGCCACACACAGACUAUUGAUACAACUUUGUGACUCAAUAAUGGAAUUAAUGGCCCGACAGACUAGCGGCGGUUUAAGUAGCUUGUGUUUACAUUAGGUUAGGGAUGAUAUAUUAUGCUUCCUCGCUGGUCUAUAAGGUUCAUAAUGUGACCAUCAAAUGUUAUUUAAGUUGUGUUAUGUAUUAUGCCUAUUUGUAACAUGAGAACUUUUCCUCAAGACAUCCAUGAUCAUUUAUUUUUAGUUUAAUGCCUAAUCCUGGUGGUUUUGUAUUCAUAACAAAUAAUCCAACAUUCUAGUAAACAAUCCAAUGCCAUAACCAUGAACUUUUAGAUAAGGAGGGGGUACUGUUCAUAUUACCACUGCAUGUGAAGUUGUUUUAUAUUACUUUAUUACUGCUGGUAUACAGUAACUGCAAUUUUGGAACAAGUCUUGAAGAGUCCAAAAUAAUUAUGAAUGUUGGAUGUCCUAAAUACGUUAUUUAUUAUGUCAUGUUGUGCUAUUUUAGGAGUAAAAUAUUAUUUAUUAUUAGUAAAAUAACUACAUGGUUAUUUGGUUGUCUGUGGUAGCCUUUUUCUGCUUAGUGUUCAGAGUUGAGUGCCAAAUGACUUCGUAUUCUCUAUUGAAAUCACAUGUAUUUGUCCCAUACUUGGUAAACAACAGGUGUAGACUACUUAUGGGGCCUUUUCCAACAAUGCAGAGUUAAAGAUCAAAUAUAAAUCUUUAAAAAAUGAAAUAGUGACA